UACUUUUGUUGUAACAACAACUGGAGAAUCAAAUUGCAACAAUAAAUAAAUAAAUAUUUCGUCAUACAAUUUUUCACAGUUGUGUAAACUUUGCGUGAGUAAACAGACGAGAAAAUCAAAAAACGCGAAGCGAAGGAGCAAAGGUAAAACGAUAAAACUGCCAGCGCGAAACUGAGAGCGAGACGGAAGGUGACAGCGACAGCGACACACCGAAACCGAUAUUCCUCCCCCCUCCCGUCAGCACACCACCCUUGCAACCUUCUGUUUGGAAUUUUUUUGUGUGCGGUGUGCGGUGCAAAAGAAAAUAAUUUCACUGAUAUUCGCGGCAGUCCAGACAACAGACGGCAGCAAAAAUGCAAAUAAAUCUUAAGGUAAAAACCUUGGAUGCGCGCACACACGAAUUCAACAUCGACAAUGAGAUCACGAUUCGCCAGCUGAAGGACCAAAUAGCGGAGAAGACCAGCAUUGCCGCGGAGAAUCAGCGCAUCAUAUACCAGGGGCGUGUGCUGGCCGACGACAAGCAAGUCAAGGAAUACGAUGUUGCUGGCAAGGUGCUGCAUGUCGCCGAGCGCCCGCCGUUCUCGCAGCGCGGCACCAAUGCGCGCCACAACGAUGAGCCCAUGCGUCCCGUACGCUCGGUGGCACGUCCGCCGCCCGGCAGCAUGCGCACUUCGCCCUACUUCCGCGCCCUCGACGGCAUGCUCGUGGGCACCAUGUCCAUACCAGUGCCCAAUGGUCCCGGAGCUGGGACACGCACUCCACCCGGUCGCUUCCCCAACUCCUCGUCCUUCUGCAUCAAUCGCAUCACUGUGGCCCUGCACAUGAUUGACUGCGCCAACAACAUUGCCGCCUACCUGGAGAACCCUUCGGUGGGGCUGAACAACCAAUCGCUGGACAUUCUGCAGCGCGGUCGCUGGUCCAUGGAGUCCACCGUGGUGGAGGUGGGCGUCUCCUCCACCGACAUGCCGCGCAACAACAACAUCAUCGACAUGGUGCAGGAUGCGGUCACAGCCGCUCUCACCCGCACGGGCGCACGCAACUACACGGUCCUCCAGCUGCCCACGGUGUACACCAACGAAAGUGGCGAGACGAUUGAGCAGCGUGCCGGGGAGGCCGCACUCGCUGGAGCCGCAGGAGGAGCUGCUCCCGACACCAACGGCGAGACCACGGCCGCCACUGUCAUCAUUGAGGAUGUCAUUGAUUCGGAGGAUGAGGAUGGUGCGGAUGGCGGCUCGGAUCGCUCUGCCACACCCACACCAGACGGCGAGGCCGAGGGCGCUGUAGGCGGUCAACCAGCUGCUGCGGCUGCUGCCGCUCCCGAUGCCAGCUCCGCAGAGGCUGCCAGCGAUGCUGCAGCUGGCGGCGACGGUGCCGCAGCCAAUGGCGGUCCCAGUGGCGCCACGCGACGUCGCACGCGCCCACAGGUGCUGGGCCAUGUCAUACAGCGCUAUCGCGGCGUGCAGACGCGUCUGGCGCCCUUCGUUGAUCGCUACUACGACAUACUCGAAGUCGAUCCCACAUUUGAGGAGAAUGACACUGCUGAGCGGGAGAAUGCACAGCGCAUCUUUGACCGUGUCUCGGAGGCCUUCCACUACUUGUCGCACGCUCAGCACGCCAUCUCCGACCUGAUGCUGGAUCUCUCGCAGCCCGGACCGCGCGUGCUCACCUGUCGGCCCAUACUCGUGGAGCAGAGCGGCUACAUCCGCUCCAACAACAUAUUCACACCGCAUUUUGCGCCCCUCGAGGUCAUGCAGCAGGCCAACAACACAAAUAACGAUCAGCGUGCGCCGGGCGCACGGCCGCCGGGCCUGGCCAGAAGCGUCGAGGAGGCCACACGCAACACUUUGGGUGCAGCUGCGCAGAUAAUUGCCAAUGCAGGCGCCAACUAUGCCUCGGCCCUGGCCAGAGGAAGCGCCAGACCAACGGCGCCAGCAGCAGAGAACGCGGCAGCAAGCGACACGUCGGCAGCAGCAGCCACAAAUGCGAAUCCGGCAGCUUUGGCCGCCGCUUUGGCGCAAGGUGCUGCCCAGACCGCAGUUCUGGCUUCCGUUGAGGCUGCGCAGGCAGCGCAAGCGGCGGCAUCCGCUGUCCAAAUGGCUGUGGGAGCGGUGGCCGCCAUUGGCAUACCCACCGAGGGUGGACCCGUGGAGGAUCCCAUCGAUGAGCCCAUGGUGGCGCCCAAUGCAGCACCGCAGGCCGGCUCACAGCCUCAGCCACAGGCACAGACUAUGGGAAUGGAUGAGGAUCCAGAACAAACUGAAGGCCCCCGAGUGCCACCUCGGCUGCGGCUCUAUAUGCCCGUGGCCCUGCCAGCGCCCAAUCCGCAGCUGGAAAUGGCACGUCUCAUUCAGGCUGUGGUGAACCGAGCCACCAGUGACAAUAACGAUGUGCAGGUGGAGUUCAGUGCGCCCAAUAUUAUGUCCAUCAAUUUGCCCGUGCAUGUGGUGGCCACCGCCGCACGUCCACCCGCCCCAGGACCCGAGUCUGCACCCGAAGCAACCGCCGAAAGUGCUCCAGCUGGAGAGGAGCAGGCAACCAACAAUGGUGGCGGCACCGCCUCCACCUCGACUGGCACACGCAGUGGCGAGCAGCGGGCCAACACAUUGCCCACAACCGCCACACAGACGCGCUCCACGGCGCGGCCACAGAUCCAGAUUGGCGGCAACAACAACUGGGGCGGACGCAUUGCGCCCACGCACACGGCCUUCGAUCGCUUUUUGCCCUGCAACAGUCAUCACAUACGCGAGCCGGAGCCGCUGCCGCAGAACAACAACAACAGCAAUCGCAGGACAAAUGCAGCCACAGCAGGAGCAGCUGGCACAUCCUCAGGCACGGCUGCAGGCGGAGCAGCGCCAUCCGCUGCAGCUACAGUGGGCAACACCCCGAUUGGAUAUGCCGAUAUGAUCGACUUUUUCACCACAACAGGAAGCCGCAGAACGCCGCCGGUCAACACGGGCGUUGCAGCUGCAGCAGCACCGGCACCAGCCCCAGUCUCAGCCCCAGCCUCAGCCCCCACCACAGCGGCAACCACAGUCACACCAUCACCCUUCGGUGACCGCUCCAGCAAUCUACGCUCGGAGCUGAGCAGCUUCCUCAACAGCAGCGUCUUCGAUGGUGCGCCCAUCAGCCAGGAGACCAUACCCGCCGCCAUCAGUCGCGCUCUGGACUGGUUCAAUGGCAGCCUCAUCUACUUGCCGCAGUACGAGCUUCCGGAAUACAAUUCACGCGAAUCUGUGAUCAACAUACUGCGCCAGAGCCUGCGUCUCAUCAUGGAGCUGUGCAUUUCGGCACCCAGCACUGUCGCCCAGUUCGAGCAGAACCUCAAGAAGAUCUGUGAGCAGUUCCGCGUGCGCCUCUUCAGCGUGCUCUUCCUGUGCUUGGGCAGUGACAAUGCGGAGAUCUACUGGCACCAAAUGAUGACCAUUCUGCGCACGCCAAUGCAAACCACUUUCCAAAAUCAAGGUUGGUGGGUCUACGUGGAUCCACGAAUUCCCACACAAACGGACACCGCAGAUGCCCAACAGUUCCUUGUGCUGCGCAGCACGCAGCCAGAUCUUUCCGCUGCUGGCGUGGAGCCUUUUGUUGCGCCACCGUCGCGUGCCUUCAAUCUGCAGCAGCAGCAGCAGCCACAGCCACAGGCGCAAACGCUCGACACGGAUGUGGAGAUGACCGAAGUGGCUGGCAGCAGCAGCACCACCAACAGCGCACCCGCAGCAGAGACGACACCGCUACCACCUGUAGUAGUCGGCUCCGAGUCCUGGCACAUGAGUUUUCCCAGCGAUUGGUUGCCCGCAAUAACGCGCGAUCUGCAGACACAAGCGGAGCAAACCGAGCCUCAACCGCCCUACUCCGAUGCCUACAUCUCUGGCAUGUCCGCCAAGCGUCGCAAGAUCAUCCAAUCGGACAAGCCCACGGCCAGCGUCGAGUGUUUGAUUGCCAGCGGAGUGCAGCGGGCCAUACAGAGCGCUGGGCUGGGUGUCAGUGCAAACGGCACAGCCGCCAGCUCCGCCGUGAACGUAGAUGCUGUGAUCGACACAAUGACCCACGAUGCGGCCAUUCAGGCCUCCUACACGGAUGCCAUGCGCAGCAAUGUGCGCGAGCGCAUCAAGCAGGAUGUUGACUACACGCCCAGCAAGUAUCCGCAGAUCGCAAAGUUCAGCGAGCAAAAGUAGAGGACGGAAGCUACACUUUUGGGGGAGCCUAACAAGCGACCAAACACACGCUUGUUGUACAUUAUAUACCUUAAAUCAUACCGUACAUAUAUAAUUUUAGUUAUUAGCUAAGUUCUGUUUAAACGAGAAGACGACAGGCAACAAAACACAAAUGGAAACACAAUCAGAAACAGAAUAUGGAACGUAACACCAACACCCCAGCCGAUGCGGCGAGUAACGCGAUAAAAUGAUAAUAAUAAUAACAUAAACAAUAAUAAUAAUACCCAAUCGAUAUAAACACAAACUGCGGUAAACAAAAAUGAAACCCAAAAAGCAUGAAAAAACGAAAACCCUUUGGGAAAAACGAUACAAAAAAUCACAAAAAGGAGCCCCAAGGAGCAUCUUAAACAACACAAAACACGCUGGACAAUAGACAACGAGCUGGUUGGUUGGAAUUUGGCUGGAAUUUAUAGGCCCACACACGAUGUACGUACCAUUCGAAAUGCUUUUUAGUUGCAAUCAAUGCCAAGUGGCGAUGGCGUCCCCGUGUCGCAUGACGUAUUGGGCAGACGACCCGUGACGACAGCCAAAUUCCAGCUAAGAUAUUUUGGCCAGCGCCGCCGGCCCCAUUGACGUGAGCCGGCCGGCACAUGAUUGCCGAUGACGAGCAAUCAGGAAUUUGCAGCUCAAGUGGGGCGACGGUGCAAAAACGGAAUAACCAUUACAACAGCCUACGCGGGUGAUGGCGCGGGGUAGCCGUGUACAGGGAACAACCUGUAGCAAAGCAACGGACUCCACAGCACACCAUCUGCCAGACAUCCCCCCGCAUUGUCACGAAAUUCCUUUAUUCCCCUACACUUCAGAUUGUUGUCGCCUGCAUUCGGAGAACAUGGCAAAAGUGUCACAUAAAAAUUGUCUCGAGGAUAUUUAUGUGC